AUGCUGCAGCAAAUUUUGCGUGAUAUGUAUAUUGACCCUGAACUCCUGGCAGAGUUGAAUGAAGAGCAAAAGCAGAUCUUGUUCUACAAAAUGAGAGAAGAGCAGCUGAGGCGCUGGAAGGAGAGGGAAGAAAAAGCACGAAUGGAGGAGGCCAUCUUAAGAAAGACAGCGAGGCACAAACAGAGUAAUGGCAAACAUGUGCAGUGGCUCCGUGGGAAGGAUGGUGAGGUCUGGGUCUGGGUUAUGGGAGAAGCCCCAGGCGACAAGCCAUAUGAACAGAUAUCAGAGGAGCUAAUAGCAGAGCGAGCCAGGCAACAAGCACAGAAGGAGGCAGAAGAAAUAUGGAGACAAAAGGAGGCUGAAAUUACAAAAAAAUUCCGGGAUGCUAUGGCUCAAGAAAAAGCCAGAAUAGUGGCAGAAAAAUGGAAAAUAGAAAUAGAAGAUCGGAAGGCUGCCAAAUUGGAGGAGGAAAAAAUUCAGGAGGAACUGAAGAAAAGAGAAGAAGAGGAAAGACAAAAAGGUGAAGAACAAAUAAAACAACAGGAAGAAAUCCGAGCAAAAGAGCUGUAUCUGAGCCUCAUGAAAGCUCAGCAGCAUAGUCAACACAGCGAUGAUGACCAGGAGUGGGAAGAACAGUUGCGCCGCUCCAAAGCUGCAGAUGAGGAAAGGAGCCACAAAGCACGCAGGGCUCGGGAUGAAUACCGACGACAAUCCUUGCGUGCCAUUCAGAAGGGAAGAGUGGCUGGCCUGAGUAAUUUGUUCCAGGGGACGAGCCUGAAUAACGAUCAGGAGAUAAAACUGAACAAUAGUGCAAGUUGUUUGCAGCCUCUUUCUGCAGCAUCCAGUAACAUCUGGGAGCGUCCUUCUAGACCCUUUUCCCAAGAUGUCAUCAUUCGCUGGUUCAAAGAAGAGCAGAUCCCUCGACGUGCAGGGUUUGAGAGGAACACCAACAGGAUUGCUCAAUGGUUUCAUGGUAUUAUCAGCCGCCAGGAGGCAGAAGAGCUGUUGAUGAAUAAAUCCGAAGGGACAUUCCUGGUGCGAGUCAGUGAGAAAAUCUGGGGCUAUGCAUUAUCUUAUCGCCAGCAAAGUGGGUUCAAGCAUUUCCUCGUUGAUGCUUCAGGGGAUUUCUACAGCUUCUUGGGGGUAGAUCCAAACCGACAUGCAACACUGACAGAUCUUAUUGAUUUUCACAAGGAAGAAAUCAUCACAUCCUCAGGUGGGGAGCUACUACUGGAGCCAUGUGGACAGCAGAAGAAUCCACCAGACUACAUCCCUUUAUUUGAAUAACUGAUUCAGGACUAACAGGACUGCAUUCUGGAUAGCUGUAGUAACAGAUAACUACAAAAUAUAACUACUGAAAAUUAAUUCAUGAACUUCCAAUGCCACUGGUCUUGUGGCCAAAAUGCACCCUCAUUAGAAGGCUCAAAAUAUUUCUGUUUUGUGUCUGAAUUAUCAUCAUUGUUCAUAUUGCUGUUGUUUUAAAUGUGAGAAGUUACUGGCAGACUACAAAUGAGGACUAUUCCCAGAAGUUUUUCAGGGGGUCACGGCCAAUUGCUGAAUGAGAAGUUCCUGUCUCAAUUUUCUUAAUGUCUGAGACUGAAAAAGCAAAAUGCAGCAAGAAGUAAUGACUGGAAACUACUUAUACACUAUUGAAUGAAGUACCAAUAUUGUUGAUUAGAUUGUUUUUUCCAAAGCAAUCUUUGUCAGUUUCUGUUGACAAUCUCAUUACUUGGUAGUGCACUUUUGAUAAAAGAAGCAGUCUUAAAACACCUUUUUGAAGUCUGUAUUUGCUUAAGUGUUUAGAUGUAGCUGGAAACUUGACAUUGUGCUUUUGAAUUCAAACCUACAAAUUUCACCACAGCAGAGACAGGAUAAGGUCAUAUACAUUUUAUUUACAUUUUCAUGCAGUGCAACAGCCUUGGAAAGAAUUUCCUCUAUAGAAAGUGGUCAGUUUAUUCUAAUGCAAUUUAUUCUAAUGAAAGCGGUUUGAUUCGGAGCAACAACAACUCCUCUCAUCACAGUAGUCAAUAUGCUCUCUUGAAAUUUGUGUCUUAGCACAUCUUGCAAUCUGGCUGUCACAUGGUAUUGAUGUAGUCCUGCAUUGUUUCACAGGUAAGCUGGAUACUACUGAGACAGCCAACUCAGGGAAUGGAGUGAAAAUGCUGCAAAACUGUUACUAUAACCUUCCUGUGCUCCUUGCUCUAUUCCCAUAAAUGGCUAUGUAAAAUCUGCUGGGUAUAGAAGUGCUCAUUUUAGCUCCAAACAUUAAUUUUGCAGGGCAAUAUUACAAAUAGCAGGGUUGUAACAGCUUUUUUUUUGUGCAACUAAUUUGUUUCAAGAGUGAAGUGGGACAUGAUGGAGGUAGUUGUGAACCUACUGGUUAGUCUUAUAGCCAUGCCUUUAAUAAGCAAUUUCUCAAUACUUUUUCAUACGUAAUGUGUAUUUUGAGAUGUAAAGUGGACAAAUCCAUAUGUUUUACUGUGCCUUCACAGUUAAUUUUUUCCUGGAAAUCUGUGAACACAUAGGAAAGUCACACUAUGUGUAUUUCUAUAUGCUACUGCUUUGGGCAGUCCCUGAAUUCCUGUCUGGUUCUCUUUGAAAUCCCACUGUAGACUUCCCUCCUGAAACCCAGGUAAAUCCAUCUCUCUUCACACAGUCAUUUCUCUUGAAUCACUGUUCCUUUCUAUACUUUGUCCAACCUAGAUGGUAAGCUCAUCUGGGAAAAGACAUUUGUCUUGUAUGAGGUGCUUUAUAAGUCUGGAGA